UCAUGUCGCACCCCUGGCAGAAGCGCCAUGCCUCCCGCUCUCCCGCUCCAAACAUUACACCAACUUCCCCUGCGCAUCGCUUUCUUCCUCCGUCGCACUAUGCAGCUGCAGCGGGCGUACCUUACGAUGCAAGCCGGAGCCGUGCUCGCGAAUCGCGUCCUCAACCGCAUACCUCGAACACUCCGCCGCUACCCUCGCAGUCCUCUCUUGCUUCUGCUUCCGAUUCGCACUCUCUCCAUGUCGACUACCCUACCAAUUACAGGUCUAAGCGUAGAAGUCAAGUAGGAGAUCUGGGGCUUAUGGAAGCGCACUUGCUACCUUCUCUAAAGGAUACGAUCGAUCGUAUGACAAGGCCAUCAUCACAGCUAGGAAUGCCGUCUCCAUUACCCAAUGAGAACCUGCAGUUGGACCAUCGAUCUAACAUUGGUCAGUAUUAUUCACACCCCCCGCCCAAGCUUACAAGGACGCCUCAACUUCCCUCUACUUCGUCAUGUUCGCGAGAUACAAGUCACCAGGUUCCGGUAGCACAGUCAGAAGGUUCUUCACGUCCCUCACGCAGUGCUUUGAGACAGAAACCGAAGCCCAUUUUAAAGGCUCAAUCCCACGCUCCUACAAUGAUUCCAUGUGAUCGACCUUCCGAUCGACCUUCUGAGGCACCUCGGUCCGUCAGCUUAGUGCGCAGCGGAAAACUGGACUGGACUUCUCCCAUGGAGGGCUUCUCUCCGAGGCCGCCUUUCCCCCACAAACAGAAAAGUCAACCACUUCAUCAGCCUUCAAUCACGACCAACAUCACCCCUGGCAGAAGAACGGAAAGAACUCGUGCUCGCACAGACCCUGGUGCACCGCAUAAUUCGGCACCUUCAAUUGGUUCAUUGGCUACUCCCCAACCAAAAAAAUAUCGAUCAAAUAUUCCUCGACGUGUUGCACCACCACUGCUACGACACGCUCCACGAGAGAGCUCCCAAGAUAGCCUGACUGACGCGGAACCACGAGCUAGCUCAAGCCUCCGAGGUCAGAAACUGGCCGCUGACAAUAUUUUUGUCUUCCCAUCUUCCAGUUCAGAGAGCGACGAGACCCCUGUCAUGUUCUCAAAGCAGCCUUCGUUUGCACAAGGGCGCCUCUUGGCUUCUAAGGCACCUGAAAAGAAAAAAGAGCGUUUCGGUCUCGGGUUUGGAUUCGCGGACUAUGGGGCAAAACUUCGAGGCAUGUUUGCCGACAAUUCGGCUCAUUCGAUACAUUCAACCACCAGUGAAGGCGAGAGCGCCGGCAAUGACGAUGGCAGCAUUCAGGAUAACGAGAGUCUCUUUUCUGACCGUGCGGAUCAAGGCGGAGAGCGAGGCGACUCCACAAUUUCCGAUCGAUAUUCCCUGAGCAGUGCUGGAUCAAGUUACCCAGCUUCGGAAACGAUGGCUGAUGGUGAUGAAUCCUCUGAUCGACGAAAAAGAGAACUCCUUGGACUAGUCGAUGGGUUGAACCCUAGUUCUCAAGAUCACCCAGCUCGAAGCGAAGAGAGCGAGUAUUUUGGCGAAGAAGGGCUCGCUAUCGGUGGCUCUAGCGAUUCGAUCCAUAUCCCGAACCCAUCUUCGUCGGAUAAAUCGUUCAAGAAGGAGAACGAUUCUGGCUCAGAGUAUUCUUUUGACGACGAAAAUGACGAAGGCCUCCGAUCGUCUACCCCUAGAGAUGGACAUUCUCAUUCCAAGACAGACAGGGCCUCCAAAGACAACAAAGCAAGCAACCGGUGGCGUUUUGAUGAACGAAAUACGAGGAAGUCGAGGUUAUCAGUUGAACGGCCGUCUUCAGGGCACCCUCUACUCUCCCCCCGUCGUUCCGUUCAUUCGACCUACUUGAACUCACAGAUAUCGCAUCCAUCAGCGGAGAUUAUGCCUAACAUUGACAUCGGUGGUCAACGAUACUCCUCAGAGCUCACGCGCAUGAUGGUCACAUCAGACGAGGCUGCAGUGCGCGAACGCCAGGCGUUUGGACUUUCUACGUCAUUUUCUGGCUCCGCUUCUGAUGAACCCUGCCUCACGCAUGCCGACAGUGACAUGUCGUCAAUCGCCGGAAACACGUGGCAAUUCGAGUGUGAAGAUGAUGGCGUACAUACUAAUUCACUCCUCAAUAGACUGGCAACACAGGAGUUCGAAUCCUCCAUGGAGGCUCAACCCACACAAAUUGACUUAUCCUAUACAUCAUCUGAAUCAUCUGUUUCUGCCGCAUCGAUGUCAUCAGUAGCCCACGAAUUCUUGCAUUCGGAUCGGACAAAUGCACAUCGGGAUCAUCGACGUUCUUCUUCAGAUAUUUACGCGUCUUGGGAAGACUUUCGUCUGCAUAUUCUGGAACAAUUCGGUGAGGUAGAGGUACGACGACAAGAGAUUGUCUGGAAACUGGCGGAGUCAGAGGAAACUUUCGUAAUCAACUUGCAGAACAUGGUACAGCUCUUCAUCCUUCCUCUACGCGUCCGAAGUACGAAAGUCUGGGUUUCUGGCGUUCCAGACGACGUCUCGAGGCUGUUUGACUGGCUAGAAGACAUCGUACAUCUCCACACGAAAUUAUCCGCCAGCCUCAUCGGUCUUCGGGAUGUGCACAACUCCGACCUGCAGUGCGUCGGGGAAAUUCUUCGAUCUUUUAUGGCAAAGCUUGAAAUAUAUCAGCCUUACCUGGUAAAGCUAGAGUUUGUUGCAACCAGAAUCGAACAUCUUGUCGCUCAGGAGAAAAGUGACAUCGGAGAUUUUAUCAAGCUACAAGAGCGCUCCUCCGCAUGCCAGGGAUGGUCAUUGGAGAAAUAUUUGGUUGAACCUGUUCAGAGGCUUUCCCAAUACCCUGAUUUUUUUCAUCGGCUCUGGCACGCAACCCCGAAGUCCCAUCCCGACUAUCUAUCAACACUAUCUGUUCUUCACUCUGCUAAACUCACGAUCCGUGUUCUCAGCGAAGUCAAAGAUCGGGAGGACGAGUACGAGUUUGUCAAAGAUAUGUUCUCACGUAUAGCGCACGUUCCUUCCCAACUUCCUUGCCGUGAUAGGCGUCUGCUGAUGCACGGUCCUGUCGCAUGUGCCAGAGUGGAAAACGACGAUGAUCUACCGGUCAUGCGCCCUUCCACCAACGUGCACGGUUUUCCGGAGCCACUGAAAAGCCCAUCUCCUGAUUCGCGUCCACGAAAUAACGAAAGACUCUCGAAUGCGCUGAAAGGUUGGCGUGGGCGCAGUGGGUCAGUACAAUCUACAGCCUCGACGACAGCGUCGCUACAAUCCUUUCGUACUGCUCCAUCAUCAUUCGACUUCCGAUCUGAGCCACAAGCGGGGCCCAGAACUAGCCCUUUGCUUCGCGUCGAGUCUCCGGCUGUUGAUGUUCAGUUAUUCGUUUUUACAGAUUUAAUCAUGAUGACCUUCGCCGCCAAUCGCCACGAUGAUUCCCAGCGCACUUCUGCAAAUUUGCGCAUACUCGAGGACUUCGGUCUCUCCAGAAUUCUUUCUGUGACGGACGAGACAGAUAGAAGAUCAUCCAUCUCACUAGAUUUAGUUCCACUGACUGCUGAGGAGCUCGAGAGAGGACACGCAAAUUCAAAAGGUCGUGUCUUGACCGUGUCGUUGUCACACGGCACUUCUCGAUCUUCUGUAUCGGAGGCAUCUAUGCAGUGCGCCGUUCUGAAGGAAUGGUUGGUACCACUGAGACAAUGUUGUCAGCACACUUUGAGGUCGUUGUCUUCGCCAUCCGCGAAGAGCCACCUGGCUCAUGCGUCGAAAGAAUCUGAGAUCAGUCAAUCAGUCUUAUCCAUCCUCGCAUCAGGGUUGCCAUUUCCUAAAAGUCCUUCCAUGCAGUUACAUGGUGUCGAACUAGGACAAGCAGGGGAUGCGGAGCGACAGGAAAGGGAAGAACGUGGGUGGUGGUCGCUGCGGUUUCACGAGGUCCUGCGAGAAAUACAAGGACGAGAAGUGGCACUUCGAUAA